CAGAAACCUUGCCAGCUUCCGCAAGUUUUGAUGAAAUUUUAAGCUCUGCAAGCGGACCAAAUCACCGCGAGAAUCAGACACUGUUCUUCUUAUUUCUUUUACAGUACCUCUUAACUCACACUUUUUAUUGGCCUAAGUCUUUGAGUGGUUGACGCAGUACGAAGAGAACGCAUGCGCCCUCGGAUGUGUACGGAUUAAGAACAAAACCACCGCAGACCAUUGUACCUGUCCUCCUUCAUCAUGUCGAUGUCAUUUUGGGAUAGUUGGGAAGAGCCCGAGGACGGCCUCAAGCGCCCCAGUCCCUAUGUUGAGGAUUUUAGAGCCACGAUUGAGACACAUGUCGCCCCACCACCUUUUGGCCAUUCAGGUUACAACUGCCGGGAUAAGCCGAGGGAACGAGUCUCCAUGUACAAGCUCAUGGAUUCUUUCACCACGCAGAGCGAACAUGUGCUGCGGAACCCGCCCAUUAAUACGAUUCAACGUCACGGAAAGGCAAUCGAGACUGCGGAGCUCGUGAUCAUGGAGCCACUUGCAAUCGGGGACAACCGGGGGGCACAGGUUGUCUCGGUUUCAGUCACACCGUCUGGCGGAAAAGACUCUUUCUGUGCCGUCGCCAAGAUCUUCGACGCCAUGUACUACCCAUUCCGGAAUCAGGAAUGGGGACAUGCCCAGGACGUCGUCUAUCUCGCUGAUGUCGACUACAGCCGCGAGGCAUCCGCAAUGGCGCUUGCCGAGGAGAUUGGCGAGGCGGGACGAUCUGCGCCCAAGUUCUACGGCUCAUGGACAUUUUCUUUGCGUGUGCCUGGGCGCAGCUCAGAUGUGAGGACGAGGCCUGUGCGGUUGGUGCUCUCCGAGCUGCUUGAGGGGCCUAGCAUGUAUAAACUGUUCCGCAGAACACGAGUUGGGUCUGCUGUGCAGAUGGACGCCUAUCACCUGCCUCUUGAGUACCGGUUGGAAGUUGUGGCACGUGUGCUUGAAGGUAGGGUCAGGCAGCUUCACGGAGGGCUCGAUCAGAACGAUUUGGCGCCGCGCAAUAUCAUCAUUGUUCCACACCCCGACACCCAGCCCCCUGGCCGUGAGGGCUUGUUGGAGUCAGUGGACCGGUUGCGCGUUGUGCUCGUGGACUAUCGCAUGUCUAUUGUAUACCGCCUGUCCAAGUGGCGGUCGCACCCAUUCGAGAAACUGGAGCUCCCGCCCAAUCCGAUGGAGAACUUCUGGGAUCAAUCACUUUAUCAAUUCAGGGGCUGGAUCCCUCCGGAAUGGGACCAAAAGCCGUCACUCCAGCAGCAGUGGCUGGUGCAGAGGUUCGGCGGAAAUGAAAUGAUCAACAAAUAUGCGCCCAUCGCAGAAGAGCUUAAAUUUGCCAUCAUAACCACAAAGUCCGUUGCUACCGCUCCAGCUGCGGGGGCCAGGCCCGAAGCCGCAUCCAAUACAGCCAAGACUAGCACUUCUCAUGCCAAUGCGACGACGUCUGCGGCCAAUAAUGCUGCAGCUGAGCCAGUGACAACGACCCGUUCAGCCGCUCAGAGCAAUUCCUCAGCAACCAAGAAUAUAGACCUGUCAACUAUUCAACCUCUACCGCCGAUGCCUGACAGUAAAUAUGGCUUUAAGAAAUCGCCACUCAAGGUUGACCUCGUCUAA